AUCUAUGUACGAGUUGACUACAAUUAUUACAUGGCCCUCGAGAAAGACGAAAUAGAGAUUCGAAGACUUGUUUGAUUAAGAACUUAAUCACAAAAUGCUGUGUAGUAUGUUGGUUUUUCUGGUGUUGGAAGACGAGACAGAAUGAGCCCAGGAAGUUUCUACUCUUGACAUUCACUAUGGCAAUGUGUAAUCGUCAGAUGGUGUUUGACAAAGUAAGGCCUCUGUGUGUUCAGCUCAGUAAAGACCAUUCCAGAAAAAACAUUGUAGCUGUAACUAAAGCGCUGGAGGGCAUUGACAGAGGAUGCAUUCAGGACCUACAGGAAUACCUGCUCUUUCCCUUAAGAAUCAUACUGAAGCAACCCACAAAAUAUUCUGAAGACUUUUACACAGAUCUGUUCACACUGAUGGAAAGAAUUUUAGGCUGCACGAGGGUGUGGAACUGGGAGCUGUUCACUGACCUUUUUACACUUUCUUGUGUGAUAAUCAGCUCACCCACAGAGCACGGCAGGGGUGAUGGCAAAGCCACAGCAAAGUCUGAGGAUCUGAAGGCUGCAGUUGUACAGAACAUAAAGACCCUGGUGUCCAAAUCCGACUACAGCGUUAUCCAGAGGCUGUUCUCCAUUCAGAGUCUUCCUGUCUUAGGCCUGGCAGUGUCCAUCCUGCUUGAUCUAGCAGACACUGAAAAAUGCAGAUCUCUGAAAGUAUCUGCCAUUAAAUGCUUAACAGAGCUUAGUCAAGUGGAUGGCAAAUACUGUAAUAAAGUGAGAGUGAUGCUGGGGGACACAUUUGCCUCAUUUUUGCCUGGGAUCACCAUUACACUGUGUAAAAUAAUCACGGGUGACCAGCGACAGGGACACAGUGUUGUAGCAACAGCUAUUUAUGCGUGGACUAAAAUAGUGGGCCUUACAAUGGACGACAUACUGAUAGAAGAGAGUCAGAGUAGAGUACAGCCCAGUGUGUUGUCAGGAUCUGUUGAUGACAGAAUUAAGAAUCUUGCUAUCAAAAGGGAUUCCACUUGGGUGGAAAUGACAGGGAAGAAGUUAAACGUGUUAGUGAAACAGAUCUGUAAAAUUAGGGGCCACUCCAACUGGAAAGUUCGCAUGGCAUUAGCUGAGUCAGCAGGAAGCUUGCUACAAGGCUGCACAAGGUCUCUGCAUGCUUCAAUCCCAGAUUUUAUGGAGAUUCUGGUGGGACUUAUUAGUGAUGAGUACCCUAAUGUUGCUAAUAAGAGCAGGAAGAUUUUAAACAUAUUCACCCAUACCCAUCUGGGUCCCGAGUGCCGGCCUCUAGUGGAGAUGCUGGAGGAAAACUUGCACAAUCUUUCAAUGUCACUGCCCAGGAUCAUUCGCUCUGUCGAUGAAGAUAAAAAAAUGUCUGCACUAUCUCUGAUGUCAGGCUACAUCGAUUUGUUGGGAUCUGACAUGAAGCACUUGUUGAUGUCUUCUUCUCACCUGAAGCGUUUGUCAAUGUCACUCAUCCAGGUGUUUGAGCUGGACACCACGGAUAUAAAAAUCAUAGAGGAACGGACGAGGUGGAUCGGACAUGAUGCUGAUUUCAUAUCCCCCGUCCAUGUCCCGGAUGUAAUCAAACCCAGGAAGAAUUUCAAACAUUUUCAUGACAGGAAAAUUGAGAAAGAACUGAAGAAUAUUUGCAGACUACUUGGAUAUUAUGGAAGUAUAUCUUUACUAGUGGACCACUUUCUGGACUUGUUCCAUGACUCGAUUUUGCACAAAAUGCAGGCCACCAUGAUAAUCAAUGAGCUAAUGAUGGGGGCGGCAGGCGUGGGAGUUAACUCAUACCAAGAAAACGAUUUUGAAGAGAGGAAAGAGAGUAACAUUGGGGAACUGGAGAGUAUUAUUGAAAUGCUGAUUGAUGAGUAUCUUUCUCCCUCCAACCUGUACCUGGUAACAAGUCCACAGCACAAUCACUCAGUUAGAUCCACUCCUGAGAAUCGACUGAUGGCUCUAGAAAUAGUCACACAGGAAACAGGAGAAAAAUUGACCAGCUUUAAUAGAAAUAUCCUUCAGAUUUGUCUGUAUUUGGAAGGAAUUGGAUCAUUUGCAACGGUGCUAAAGGACAGGUAUAUCCCCUACCUGAUGAAAACCAUUUAUCCACUGCUGGAGAAGUUAGGGGACGAGACAGCUUACAUCAGCAGUACUGCCUACCUGUCCCUGUGUGACAUCUGUCAUGUCUGUCAGUACAAGUCCAUUGGAGAACUUGUUCAGCGCAAUGCAGAUUAUCUUGUCAACGCCAUUAGUUUGAGACUGCGACAUUUCUAUGAGAACAAAAAGAGCCCCCUGGUGUUGAAAGUGAUGCUGCAGUACAGUAGCUGUGAUAUUUUGCCUCUUAUUGAUGACACCGUGCAAGAGAUUUUGGAGUCACUGGAUGAUAACUAUGAGCAGGAAGCAUUUUUAUUUCUGAGUGUUCUCUAUGAACUGGUCAAGGCUGUCAACAGAUGGUAUAAAGACAGUGCAAAGAAAGGGAGCAAGGAUUCAGAGGACAAACAAUUGUCUCACAAUCCAUACAGGAUUGAUGGAAACUUAGAUGUGGUAUCGUACAUCAAGGAAUACCUACAUCUGAAGAAAGUCUCUGAGGGGGAAGAUAUUGAAAACACUCAGGAUGAUGCAUCACUUGAAGAGAAUGCUCAGGAUGCUGAUGAAAUGCAGACUGACCAGAAAAAAGAACCACCACUGCAUGUGAAAGCUGUUAAAGAGAUCAUGCUUAGAAGCAAGCAUCUUCUUUCCUCCAGAAAUCCCAAUAUCAGGUUACUCACAUUGGACACCAUUGCCAUAUCCUGCCAGGCUUUACAGUCCCAUCAAGAUGAACUACUUCCAUUGGUCCAUGAGAUUUGGAUGCCUUUCACUGCCAGAUUUGUUGAUCAAGAGAAGCAUGUCACCAAAAAGGCUGUCGAGACUUUGGUAGUUAUGGCAGACACAUCCCGAGAUUUUAUCUGUCGACGUUGUACAAAAGAUGUGUUCCCAAAACUGCUUAGUUUUCUGGAAAAACAAGCAGAAAUAAGCAAGGGAUCCAGUAAAGCCUAUCUUUAUACAGUGAACUUCAAACUACAGCAGUGUGUUCUAUCUCAGAUUGGGAAUCUCUGUAACCAGCUUGGUGUCCUUGGAAACAACCUUGACCUUGUGUCCUCUGUUUGUGUCCUUUAUCUCAGUGCUAGACAACCCAACGCCCUUCAGAAGAUUGCCACGGAAACAUGCACAGUUCUGAUAUCCCUUGAUCCAGAUCCUAUGUGGCUCAAGCUGUGUGAUUUAUACCAUCCUAAAGAAUUCCUCUCAUAUGUGCCUUUGUUUAAGCCGGUGAAGUUUAAAUCCACUCCUGGAACAAGAAACGAGUUUACAGACAAUGUUGUCAAGUUGUUAAAACUUCUCGAAAUGGGCAGCUAAUAAAAUAUAUUUUUACAUAC